UUGUGAAUGAGCUUGAUCUUAAGUGGUGACACAAGUUGGAAAGAGUUAGUGUUAACACUAAAUCAUGAAUUUCGGCAUCUUAAACAUACUUUCGUGGUUCCUCGGAGCUAUUCUAGCAGGAUUCGCUUGUCUGUUUAUGUGUUUUGUGCUCUACUUGCAUUACAUUCACAAAAAAAACGCUCAUUUGCCGGGUCCACCUCGUUCAAGCUUCAUAUUUGGUAACCUUCCUGAAUUGUGGAAAUACAAAAAAGCGACAGACGGGGGAACUUUGUUAGAAUUCGUGCUGGAGAAACGUCUCGAAUAUGGACCCGUCCUUUUGUUGACUUGGUUUCAUAGAGCAGUAGUUUACUUAGGCGAUCCAAGCUAUAUUAGAGAAGUCUUUGUAAACAAUCAUACUCAUUUACACAAGCCUCCUUUUAUAUACAACAAGUUCGGGUUUAUCUUUGGCGAAAGGGGUAUGGGAUAUGGUUUAGUUACAAACAUCGACGAGUCAUCAUGGCGUAAUAGACGGAAUACUAUGAGCGCCGCCUUUCAUCGAAAAUGUUUAAAAGAUUUCACGACACAUUUUAACGAUGUUUCGAAUCGAUUUCUGAUUCGCAUUGACAAGGUGGCUGAUAAAGGUGAGCCCGUUAGCAUGGUUGCGGAAUUUGCUAAAGUAACACUGGAAGCUAUAAGCCAAGUGUCGUUUAACAUCAAUACUAAUGCGAUAGAAGAUCCUGAAUCACCAUUUCCAUCUGCAGUCCGCAACUACCUGCAAGGGGUACAAGCCAAUCUCGACAUUCCACUAAGUUCGGCCCUUUUAGGAAUUUUUCAGUUUACACCAUUCCAGAGCGCUUCCAAAAGAGUUCAAAUAGACGCAGCCCGAUUUCUACGAAAAUUUGCCUUGGAUUGUAUUUCCACCAGAAAGAAGGACAUUGCUGAGGAAAAGGAUGUACCUAAUGAUUUGCUAAGUCUCUUGAUUAAUGACGGCAGCUUAACGAGCGAGGACAUCACUGAUGAAUUUUUAACAGUCUUUUUGGCCGGCCAAGAAACAACAGCAAACUCAUUGGCAUUCACAUUAUAUGAAAUCUUGAGCAAUCCUCAUGUUGAAGCCAAACUUUUGAAAGAAAUCAAGGACGUUAUGGGUGACAGAGAGGAAGUUAAGUAUGAUGAUUUAGCAAAACUUAAGUACACUGGCCAAAUAUUGGAAGAGAGUCUGCGAAAACACCCCAUUGCCUCGACGCCUGUUAGAAUUUUAGAAAAAGAGAUCACGGUUGGAGGCUAUCGAAUACCGGAAGGAAAUGGUAUUGUAAGUUUUUCUAUGUUGUUUGGCAGAAAUCCAGAAAUUUGGAAUGAUCCUGACGUCUUUGAUCCUGAAAGAUUUGCUGAUCCUGCAAGUAUCCCAAACCUGAGCAUGAUUCAUUUUCCUUUUUCUGUUGGUCCUCGUAACUGCAUUGGACAGACAUUUGCGAAGUUUGAGUCUAAAGUCAUCCUGGCGAAGCUAUUUCAAAAAUUUCAGUUCAAGCUUCUGCCAAAUCAAACUGACAAGAUCUUGGGCAGGCUGACCCUUUCCCCUAGAGACGGUGUAAUGUGCAAAGUUAGAAGGCUCCCUGAGCAAUGAAUAUUAUAUUCGCCUAAUUGAAAUGCAUGUCCGGUAUAAACAGAUUCAUCGUAAACGUCAUAUACAUUGUUCAUUAUCAACAUUAUGUUAAAUUGUCGGUACUUACUUAGUGAUUAGCAUAGAAUCCUUAAAUAUUACCCCGAUUCUGAACUAACCGAUUAAGAAAGUCACUUUAUUAUUAUUGAGUUUAGAUUACUGCUAUUGUCCCUUGCUACCCUGUGGCUGACAAGGCACUUAGUUGAAGCCCAGGUUACACGUCAGUAAUACCAUUCCGCGAUCUAUGUAAAGCCCAA